GAGGUAUGAGAUUGUGAAAGAUAUUGGGUCUGGGAAUUUUGGGGUGGCAAGGCUGGCAAGAGACAAGCUCACCAGAGAACUCUUUGCUGUCAAGUUCAUUGAGAGAGGACACAAGAUAGAUGAACAUGUUCAAAGGGAAAUCAUGAACCACAGAUCACUGAAGCAUCCGAAUAUCGUUCGAUUCAAAGAGGUCCUGCUGACACCAACUCAUCUGGCCAUAGUGAUGGAGUACGCGGCUGGGGGAGAACUCUUCGGGAGAAUAUGCAGUGCUGGCAGAUUUAGUGAGGAUGAGGCAAGGUUUUUCUUCCAGCAGUUGAUAUCAGGAGUUAGGUACUGUCAUUUGAUGCAAAUCUGUCAUAGAGACCUUAAGCUUGAAAACACGCUCUUAGACGGCAGUCCAGCACCCCGUGUAAAAAUAUGUGAUUUCGGAUACUCAAAGUCAUUAUUGCAUUCUCAGCCUAAAUCUACUGUAGGAACACCGGCUUAUAUAGCACCUGAAGUCCUAUCUAAAAAACAAUAUGAUGGAAAGAUUGCAGAUGUUUGGUCUUGUGGAGUCACCUUAUAUGUGAUGAUAGUUGGAGCAUAUCCCUUUGAAGAUCCUGAAGACCCUAGAAACUUUAGAAAAACAAUUGGGCGGAUUCUUAGUGUGCAGUACGCAGUUCCAGAUUAUGUCCGAAUUUCAAUUGAAUGUAGACAUCUCGUAUCUCGUAUCUUCGUUGAAAACCCCGAAAAGAGAAUAACCAUCCCAGAAAUCAAAAACCACCCUUGGUUUCUAAAGAACUUACCUGUGGAAAUGAUGGAAGGAGGAAGUUGGCAGUGCAAAGACAUAAAUUAUCCGUCACAAAGCCUUGAAGAAGUGAUGUAUAUAAUACAAGAGGCAAGAAAACCAUUAAGCGUCCCGGAUGCCAGCAGGCCUCUCAUCGGAAGCAGCAGCAUGGAUGUUGAUGAUCUUGAAGAUGUUGAAGAUAUUGAAACAAGUGGUGGUUUUGUGUUGCCAAAUAGGAGUAAUUAG